AUGCGUCUUCCACCAAAGCUUUACCAGGUCCUUGUGGGCGUGUUCGCCUCGCUAGGUUCAUUUCUCUACGGAUAUGACCUGACCAUUGUCGCAGAGGUCGUUUCCAGCCAGUGCUUCAUUGACAAGUUCAACCCUUCCACGGCCAAACUUAGCUUGGUGGCGUCUAUGUUGACUGCUGGGGCUUUCUUCGGCGCAGCAAUUGCAGGAUUCAUAUCCGAGCGAUUCGGGCGCAGGUGGACAAUUGUUACUGGAGGACUCAUCUUCUGCCUCGGCGGUGCGCUGCAGACGGGUGCAGAGAACUAUGCAAUGGUUAUUGCAGGUCGCUUCGUUGCAGGUUUAGCGAUUGGUGUUCUGGUCAUGAUCGUGCCACUCUAUCAAGCAGAACUUGUGCAUCCCGACAUUCGCGGUUUCGUGACCGGUCUGGUUCAAUUCAUGCUUGGAGUUGGCGGUGUCGUCGGCUCUUGGCUCAGCUACGGGACAUUUGUGUCUUUCACGGACAGCCGCCAGUGGCGCAUUCCCUUCGGCGUCCAGAUCGUCCCAGCGGCCAUCAUUGCGUCCAUGAUCUUCCUGUUCCCGGAGUCACCGCGAUAUUUGAUCGCCAAAGGCAAGAGCGACGAAGGAUUGAAGACACUUGCCAGGCUGCAUGCCAAUGGAAACAUCGCCGAUCCCUUUAUGCUGGCUGAGUACGAUCAAAUCCAGACUCAGGUCACCUUUGAGAGGGAGCGUGAGGCCAAGAGCCUGAAGGAACUGUUCUCGACCAAAUCCAGCUUCCGCCGGGUCAUGCUGGCGUGUGGCAUCCAGGCAGCGACUCAGAUGACCGGUGUUUCCGCGAUCCAGUACUACAGUACCACUAUCUUCGUGGCUGUCAUGUUGGUCGUGGACCGCAUUGGCCGUCGCUCAUUGAUCAUUGCGGGCAAUCUCGGCAUGUGUGUGACUUUUAUCGUUAGUACGAUACUGCUGGCAGAGUUCCCGCCAGCAUCAUCCAACACCGGGGCUCAUUGGGGGUUCAUCGCCAUGACGUGGGUCUUCAACUUCGUCUUCGCGAGCAUGGGCUCCCUUUCCUGGAUCCUGCCGGCCGAGAUCUUCGACACCAAGACCCGGUCGUACGGAGUGGCCCUUGCGACCAUGAUCUCGUUCGCGUUCAAUACCAUGAUCGGGCAGGUCACGAAUGUCGGCAUGAAAAGCGUGGGCUGGCGAUUCUACCUGCUGUUUGUCAUCGGCAACUUCACCAACGCCCUCUUCUUCUGGGCAUUUCUGCAGGAGACGAAGAAGCUGCCGCUGGAGGAGAUGGAGAGCCUCUUCAGCAAAUCGCCGCUCUUUGUCGGGUGGAGAGACAUGGCGGCGUAUCGCGAGCCCGCCAGUCUGGCCGCCAUGGCCCAAACGCACUACACCAUUUGGCCUGGCAGAACUUGCGAGACGCUCAACAGCAAUCCUUGA